AUGAUGAAUUUGAGUUGCUUUAGUACUUGCGGGACUUUGGUUUUAUUAGUUCUUUUGUUUUGGGGUGACGUUCCAAAAGGUCCUUCUAAGGUUUACGCUGUGGAAGAGUUUGAGAAGCACUAUAUUGAGUGGGAUGACUUGACAGUGGCUGAUGAGAGUGAUCAAGGGUUAGACUUGGAUCAAAGAAAACCUAGCAAAGUUAUUGUGGUUGAUAAAAAUGGCGGAGGAGAUUCAGUUACAGUUCAGGGUGCUGUUGAUCUUGUUCCCGAACACAAUCAGUUGAGACAUAAAAUUUACAUUCUUCCAGGAAUAUACAGAGAAAAGGUGCGUGUGCCAAAAUCCAAACCGUACGUUUCUUUCAUUGGAGAGGAAGGUCGAGCAUCCGAAACCGUUAUUACUUGGCACGACAAAGCAUCUGAUAAAGACGCAGAUGGUAAUGAAAUAGGGACCUUUGGAACGGCUUCCGUUACUGUGGAAUCCGAUUACUUUGGUGCAAGAGAGGUCACAUUCGAGAAUUCGGUCGCAAUUCCUGGAACCAACAAUAUGCAAGCUGUGGCAUUGAGAUUAAAAGGUGAUAAAGCGUGGCUGUAUAGAGUUAGGAUUUUAGGGACACAGGAUACGCUGCUGGAUGAAUCUGGGUUACAUUUCUAUGAAGAGUGUUUCAUUCAAGGCUCCGUAGACUUCAUAUUUGGCAAUGCCAAGUCCCUUUAUCGGGACUGUAUCCUUCACUCUGUAGCAAACGGAUCCGGAGCAAUAGCAGCAAAUCAUAGAGACACACCUAAUCAGGAUUCUGGGUUCUCUUUUGUCCACUGUCAAAUCAAAGGGACUGGCAGAAUCCUCCUGGGCAGAGCCUUACUCGCAAGCCACAAAAUAUCCGUAAAAAUAGCAAAUUCCCCGCCCCCCGCCCGCCGCAUCCCCCACUAA